CAGGCUCUCCACACUCCCUCCGCCUCCGCCUCCACCUCUCCUCAUAGACUACUACCUGACUAUCUCUACCUCGCUCUGCUCGGCCUUGAACCUGUCUUAUCUUCUCUUUCGGCUUCUGUUUGCUCGUCGCUCCAAACCCUCGGCGCUCUACCGGGGAAACAACCCGUCAUCGCCGGUGUCGCCAGAUAUUUCUCAUCCCUUUGCACCGUUGCACAUACUUGCGCGAUCACGUUGUGUCGCUGUCUCCCCCGCCGCGCCAAUGAGACUUUGACGGCUCUUCUCAACUGAACAAUGCCAUGUCAACCUACAACUCAAUGUCGGGGCUGCCAACUGGCGCCUCUUCCAGCGAAGCGAUGGCGAUGAACUUUGGAUCUGCCCACUCUCAGAGUAUGAAUAUGGACGUGUUCGACCAGGAUAUGACAUUUGAUGAAUCACUUCUUGAUGGGGCUGCACUGCAGACUCUACCUUUUGGCACCUCGUACGACUUGGAUGCCUUUUCCUCGACCUUCGAAGAUCCCUUCUCAUAUUCGACUCGACAACAAUUCGAUCCUCCGCCGAAUCAAGAUGCCCUGCAUGAGGAAUCGUCUCCCCAGGAGCCCGAUAAUAAGCUUCUUGGGUUCUCCGCUCCCGUUUCCAACGCUACCAUUGUCAACGAGAGCAACCAAUUCGUUGACGCCGGCAUGACGGCUGAAUUGUACGGCAUGUUCUUCGUUGCCGAGGAUGUCUUCGGAGGAGAAUCAACCGGACGCCCGAUGGAAUUGACUUGUUAUCGUCGCAACCUCUGGCAGUGUUCGGGGCAGAUCACUCUCCCUCGCGGAAUCAGGAAUAUUGUGAAUGAACAAGGCCAACACAUUCGAAUAUUCGAGUUAGUAGCGACUAUUGCAGCCAUCGAAUCCAUCGAAGGAAAGGCUACAGAAAUAAUAUCGAUCCCCUGGAAGAACGCCAAUCCCCAGGGAGGUGAUGACUCAAAAGGCGUUUCAGCACCACCUACCAUCACACUGGAUAUAACGACAGGCCAGGAGAUCGACGCACAUCGCGUUUCUUUGCCUAUAUCUUGGAAACGGCUUCAGUUCAAGCAUGCUACUGCCAACAACGGCAGAAGAAAGGGCUUGCAACAGCACUACGUAGUCCAGAUCACCCUGCUAGGAAAGACACAGACUGGUGAACUCAUAAAAGUAUCGGAGAUCAAAUCUGGCCCAGUCAUUGUUCGCGGCCGGAGUCCCAGAAACUUCGACAGCAGGAAGGAUGUUCCUCUUACAGGCGACAAGAGAUUUGAGAGGAGAAGCACAUCGACGUCAAAUGUCGACCACCCAACCCUUAAACUCGAACGGGAGAAUUCGACGAACUUCACGCAAAGAUUCCCUCCUGCUGGAAAUCUCCAGCCGAACGACUGGGCAACACCUGGGUCAAUGACCCAUCCACUACCCAGUCCUCAACCCGUUGCAAGUCCACAUCCGGCAAAACGAGUCGCCUUAUCGCCAACAAUGACCAGACCCCCGAUACCAGCUUGGUCCAGCGAUCCACACAAUUCUGCUAAAGCAGCAAAUUCCCACAGUAAUAAAAAUUCCCUCCCACGUCAGAAUGCAUCUCUGCCGAUCAAUCUAUCGCUAUCAGAAGACGAGAGAAGCCCGAACCGCUCGAGUGCCGAGCUGCACAGUCCCAAUUCUGGCAAAGGCUACACAACCGCAGGGGCGAACAGGGAAAACAGUCCUGCAGAUGAGGGUGCCGAUCCCUUGUACGAAUACUUUCCACUGACUGUGGAUGAUUGGAUGCCGCCUGUAGAUGCUGUUUAUCGGCCUCACGUGGUCCAUCACACUAUCAUGCCACCCGAGAUGAAAGCACAACAGCUCAAGAGCAAGGCCAAGCGGUACUUUGCCUCUGACUGAAACACAACAGGUGGUUGAGACUGAUGAGUUACGAAUUGUUGGAAAAGCCGCUUUCCUGUAUAUUAUAUACUUAAGCUUUUGUACGGGCAUUCUGGAAACGGGGAGUCUGUUUGGGAUUAUAGCACAUUGUGAGCAAGUAUAUACACAUUAGGUGGACGGCUAACCCACCAUUGGGGGCAUGAGAUGGUUUGCAUCGAUACCCUAGAAUUCUAAUGCGACAAUUGGUCAUUGCAAAGUACGUACUACAAAACACAGCAUCUGUUGUGGAAUCACGCUCAUGCUGCUCGAGAGUGAAUCUAUACACAAACUGAAUUCUCAAGUUACAAGAGGUAUUAGAUCGUAUUGAACACUUGUGUUUCUUCCAGUCGUCCUAGAUCACAAUCGAUUUUCAAGAAAUGACACUUUUUCCCCAAACGCCUCCACGCCGAGACGAUAUACAUAACACCCAUAAACCCCAACACGCAACCUAUCUAAAAGCCACCAGUGGAAUUUGUGCUCUAUCUCUAACCUGACUUUAACGCCUAAAUCGAAUACGGUGCUAAAGAUACUAUCGUUGUAGUCAUACUUAUACAGUCUGAUAAUUUCGUUCCUGAACCAACCCUGUAGCGACUGAACAAGACCUUCCUGGUCUCCGUUUCUUUUCUAUUCUUCCUACCCCAAUGCAUCCACUCAUCCCAUUCAAUGCGCCCCGAUGGUGUUUAUUUUCUUCUGAAGUUCGGGGUUGGGUGUCAACCUGCGGCUCAGAUCUGGCUCAGGAAUGCGUGAGGCCAUACUGUCGGGAACUAGGUCUGGCGACGGUGAUCGCAUUGCCUUAAUGUUUGCUGUCAUCGGCUGAAGCAAGUUCGCGACAGGGGCGUCUGGAGACAUGGCGACGGCGCUAUCGAUCAUCUCAACUUUCGUCUUUGGGACGUCGGUCUGAACUUCGAGGUUGGGCGUAAGUCUGCGGUUCAGGUUCGGUUCUGGAAUACGCGAUGCCAUUCGGUCGGGGAACAAAUCGGGCGAAGGGGUUCUCAUAGAGUAGUCGCCCGCAGGUGUCGCUCGCAAGAGAUGUGAAGUAAUCGGCUCCGGAGCGAUAAUCGCAGGACUCUGAGCUCUCUGAAUCUUGGUUUCAGGAAUAGCGACGUUGCCAGUUCGUACUUUGGAGGGAAGAAUCUGCUCGAAUCCCUGCUCGCGAGCAACUUUCUCGAUGCUCUUGAAGUACUGUCGUCCAUGUUAGCGGAGGCUCAUGAUGGGAGGAAGAGUCGCUUACCUUGACUGUCUUUACCUGAAGUUCCAAUGUGGCGUCCUCGUCGACGACAAUCAUGGGAUGAGGGUGGAGCUGAAGGCAUGAUAGUGACCACAUGUGGUUGACGCCUUGUUCGACGCAUUUUUGCAAUGCAAGCGCCUUGCGGGCUCCAAGGAUAAUGACAACAACCUCUCUUGCUUCGAGGACUGUUUGGACGCCCACAGUCAAUGCCAUUCUUGGCACCCGGCUUACAUCGUUGUCAAAGAAGCGCGAGUUGGAUAGAAUGGUGUCGUAUGCUAAUGUCUUGACUCGAGUGCGACUGGCAAGGCUUGAUCCGGGUUCGUUGAAAGCGAUGUGACCGUCUUCACCAAUACCGGCCAAGAAGAGAUCAAUACCACCAGCUGCCUUGAUAGCUUCCUCGUAUGCAUCACAUUCGGCUUCCGGGCUGGCAGCGUUGCCGUCGAGUAUGUGGACGUUGGAAGGAUGAAUGUUGACAUGAGAGAAGAAGUGCUUCCACAUGAAGGAGUGGUAGGAGUUUGGGUCGUCUCGAGGAAGACCGACGUACUCGUCCAUGUUGAAGGUGACUACAUUCUCGAAUGAGACCUGCUAUUGUUAGAUGCUGCUAUAGGAUGAGGUGAUGCAACAUACUUCGCCAGCCUUGUACUUGCGCACUAGCAUAUCAUACACUCCGAUAGGGCUAGAGCCUGUCGGGAGGCCGAGGAUGAAGGGAUGCUCGGGUGUGGGUUGGAAGGCAUUGAUGCGCUCCACGACAUAAUUGGCGACAUACUUGCAUGCCUCAGUCUCGUCGUCACGGAUGAUGAGCCGCAUGAUGUAUGUGGUUGUGUUAUUGGUAGUGGGUGAUGAUGUUAUAAGUGCUGGGUUUAGAAAUGAGGUUAUCAAGUAAUGGAGUUUUGGUAGGAGUUGUUGAGUGCGUUAGGGGUUUAAGAAAUAUGAUUACACUUUCGAGGAGUCAGUUGCUUAUGAGGAGAGCUUAUCAAAGGCGCACAAGUCACUACCAAGAGAGAGUCACUUGCCAUCCAUGGGGACCCGUUGCAUCAUGAUAGGAGCCACUGCCCGAGAUAGGUAGGACGCCACUUUACUUUACGCUUUCCCACUGCCAUUCAUGAUGGAGCGUGGGGAGAGCGACUUCGGUCAGUGGACAAUGUAAGGUUGGAUAGCAAGUCACGAUAGGUGCAAUGAUUCGCGGGGGAGGGA